GCAACCAUAUUCUCUGGAGCCAUAUUCAUUCAACUGGCCAUGGGGUUAAACCUCUACCUGGCAGUCUUCAUCCUCUUGGCUAUCACCGCUUUUUACACAGUUGCUGGGGGCCUGGCCUCAGUGAUCUACACAGAUUCUAUCCAGACUUUCAUCAUGUUGGUUGGCUCUUUCAUUCUCAUGGGGUUUGCGUUUGCUGAAGUCGGUGGUUAUGAGAGCUUCACAGAGAAGUACAUGAACGCCAUUCCCUCUGUGGUCGAGGGGGACAACCUGACCAUCGACCCCAAGUGCUACACUCCUCAGCCGGACGCCUUCCACAUCUUCUGGGAUCCCAUCACUGGCGACAUCCCGUGGCCAGGACUGAUAUUCGGAAUGACCAUUCUAGCUAUAUGGUACUGGUGUGCAGAUCAGGUCAUCGUACAGCGCUGCUUGUGUGGCAAGAACAUGUCUCACGUGAAGGCGGCCUGCAUCCUGUGUGGCUACCUGAAGCUGCUGCCCAUGUUCAUCAUGGUGAUGCCAGGGAUGAUCAGCCGCAUUCUGUACACAGAUAAGGUGGCCUGCGUUGUACCUUCUGAGUGUGUGAAACAGUGUGGCACCGAGGUUGGCUGCACUAACUAUGCCUACCCCACCCUGGUGCUAGAACUGAUGCCUGAUGGAUCAUUUUCUAGCUACAUUGGGCCUCCAAUUGGUGCUGUCUUCACGCUUGCCAUCUUCUGCAAAAGAGUCAAUGAACAG